GCGCGGCACAGUGCGGAGCGGAGCGGCGCGGCGCGGGGUGAUGGAGCCGCGGGCCCUCGCCGCCCGCGCCCCGGCACGGAGCGUCCGCUGAGGCUCGCCCGCUGCCGCUGCCGCAGCACCACGGCCGCCCUUCGCCUCCUGUCGCUGCCCGCUCGGGAAAUGGCCACGGAGCCCCCGCGGCCGGCGCCGCCCGCGGCGGGGCGCCCCGAGGGCGGGCGCGGGCGCUGCGCGGGCGGCGGGCGCGGCGAGGCGGAGGAGGCCGCGGCCCAGCCGGCGCUCGGCGCGUCCCCGGGCCCCGCGGCGGCGGCGGCGGGCGGCCGGCGGCGGGGACUAAACGGCUGCGUGCCGCUGUCGCACCAGGUGGCCGGGCACAUGUACGGCAAGGAUAAAGGCGGGAUACUGCAGCAUCCAGAUGGGACUGUCUUGAAGCAGUUGCAGCCACCACCUCGAGGUCCCAGGGAGCAGGAGUUCUACAACAAGGUUUAUGACUCCGACUGUUGCGACAGCAUUCUUCUGGAGCUGCGGGAAUAUCUGCCGAAAUACUUUGGUGUCUGGUCACCACCUACUGCACCAAAUGAUACGUAUCUAAAACUGGAAGACGUGACCCGUAAGUUUAAUAAGCCUUGCAUAAUGGAUGUAAAAAUAGGUCAGAAAAGUUACGAUCCCUAUGCUUCAGCUGAGAAGAUACAGCAGCAGGUCAGCAAGUACCCGCUGAUGGAAGAGAUUGGCUUUUUGGUACUUGGCAUGAGGGUUUACCACGUCUCUUCUGACAGCUAUGAGACACAAAACCAGCACUACGGAAGGAGCUUGACAAAGGAAACAGUAAAGGAUGGCAUCUCCAAGUUUUUCCACAAUGGGUACUGCUUGAGAAAAGAUGCGAUAGCUGCCAGCAUUCAGAAGAUUGAAAAAAUUCUGGAGUGGUUUGAAGGCCAGGAGCAACUCAACUUCUAUGCCAGCUCAUUAUUGUUUGUUUAUGAAGGUUCAUGUCAGGCAACAACCGUGCACUUAGGUGAAGUCACCUUGGCAGAGAAAAGAGGAAUGCCCAAAGGACUGUUAUCAGGUAGAGACAUACUGGAGUAUAAUAACAAUAUUCAUGUAAUAAAUUCUACAGAGAAUGGAAAAAUUGAGGCCUCUGUAGGUAAAGGCUUGUCCAAAUUUUACACACUUCAUAAAAAGGCGUACUCGAAGAGGCACCACAGUCAGCUCUCACUAAAAGUUGAGAAUUUGGAGCAAGGCAACAUGUGGAAGAGCAGCACGUGCAUUGCACAGGAGCAUCUGAAUGGAAACGUUAUACCUCAACUGGAAAAAGUUUUCUGUCACAUGCCAGCAGAGAUCAAGGAAAGCGUCAGCGUUGAAGUCCGAAUGAUAGAUUUUGCUCACGUGUUUCCUAGCAAGACAAAGGAUGAGGGCUACAUUUAUGGUCUGAAGAAUUUAAUCACAGUACUUCAAAAUAUUUUGGAUAACUAAAUUCUUUGCUAUGGUUUUUACUGGGGGCCAAUGAUAAAGAAGAGCAACAACAUGAAGAAAUUCUGCACUUGUAAUGCUGUAUGACUGGGUUUGUAUUGUUCUAUAUUUUAUUUGUCUUUGUACUUUUGGUAGAAGGGUUUAACUUUUUAUAAUCUCACUCAGGAAAAUAAUUGAGAGUUAGUUAGGGAGUGUGAAAGGAUGAAGAUACUUGAGAUUAAGCCGGAUAGGUAACUUAGCAGAACGAAAUGCGUAUGGUUGGUGUAAAUCCAAGCAGUACAGCUGUACAAUAAAGCAAGAGUUAUGUUAGUUCCCAUGAUGACUUCAGCGUAGGUAACAUUUGCCCACUUAGCCUUGCCAAUGAGCCGUAUCCGUUAACAGAUUUCUAGAAAAUGGACUGAAAAUGCUUAAUGUGCAGGAUUGAUGUCCUCAGUGCUGCCCUCCUGUGUUUACUGUGUCUGAAUAACUGGAGUGAACCCUACUUCGAGAGGAAUCCUAUGUUGAGUCAGUAGCCUAACCUGGAAGCCGGUGUAUCAAAAAGCGCUUUUCCAUGUCAGGGGACAAUAUUGCUGUUCUGUCAGCGGUGGUGUGAGUGUUCCGCUCCCCUCCCCGAUGCUCACCAUAGACAAGCUACAACAUCAUUUGUGUUGAGGUGCUAAGAAAAUGUUGGAGUAAAAUUUUCUAACAAGCUUAAACUGCACAACUGCUAGAGAAACUGUUCCUAAGACAGAGUAAAGGAAUGUAAAGGUGAGAUGUUCCAGGAACUGAUUUGGUUUAGGAGAUAAGUCAAUCGCUUAAUGGAGUGUCCGAUGUUGGGACUAAGGAAAAUGCCUCACUCCUUUGUUCUGAUGGCCUUUUUCCAAAAAGCAAACUAAUUGAGUUGGGAAAACAAAGCAUUUUGAGUAAGCAGAUAGAGAUUUCCUCUAGCCAUUUACCACUUGGAUUUUUGCAACAAGCGUUUCCCGUUUCCAUUGCUGGGGAGCACCAACUGGAAACAAUGAGGAGCAGUGCAGGAGAAAGACCCUUUGCUGCAAAGAUCCCUGUCAGCCCCGGAGCAACUAGACGUACCUCUGUGUGUUGCGGUGGAGCUGUGGCUUUCCUGCCCUGGGCUAAAGCCACCUCUGGUUUGGUUUGGUUUGGUGUUUUACUGGUGUGCAGGUGAGCUGUGUAAUUUGGAAGUUGUCCCACUUCCUUCUCUUUUUUGCAGGAAAAAAAUGAAGCUUUCAUAUGGAAUAUUUGAGAUCAGGAUGAUGUAUCCAAAGUGUUCUUGGUGUGUCUUUUCUGUAUGCUGUGUACGUGGCUGUCCUACCAUGCAUAUGUAGUCAGCUGUAUAAAAAGUCAAGACAGAGGAGUCUUGCCCUCCGCAGAGCAAGAUUUAAAUGCUUUAAGCAAGCCUCAGAGGUAAAACUAUUUAGAAUGGAUUUGAUCAUUGGAAAUGUGCAUCUUGUACAUGUGGACUAAGCGUGACGCUGUGGCCUUGCUGCUCUCUGUGUGACGUUCUGCACUAUGCACUCAUCUGCGUUCAUGUCUUUGCAAGUUCUCAAUUUGACAUGUUUUUUGUUUCAGAAAGAGAGAACUACUUUUUCAAGCAAAUAAAUACGCUGCUUUCAAUAAAGCUGAAACUUUUGCUCUAUUUGAGAACCUGGGUUAAUUGGAAGAAACAGGGUAUUAUGUGUAGAACUAAAUUGUUUAAACUGUAGAGCUAAUGUUGGCCAAUACAUUCAGGAAUGAAAGCAGUUAUUAAGGUAGUGUUUUGGGAAGAGACAAUUGCAGGAGGGGCAAUAUCAUUCUGUUGAAGAUUUUAUGUGAAUUAUGGUGAAGGCCAAGGGGAAAAGUAUCAGGAAGACAAAGUAUUUUUUUUCUACCUGGUAUUGUUGUGGCACCAUAUAGUUAAUAUAUUCCCAACUCUCUGUGAACUAAUGUAAGCCAUAUCCUAGGAAGUCUGUGGUUUUGUUUGCUUUGACACUGGUUUCUUUGUCACAAUUUUGUUGUUCUAUCCCGUAAAUAGUCAACACUAGAGUAGUUGAGGCUGCUAAUGGCCUUGUAUGAUAAAUUCACCAUGUUUUAUGGAAAAUAUGGGGGAAAACACUUACAUGUUGGAAUUUUUGUCCUCUGUAAUACAUCUCUUCUGGAUUUUAAUCCAUUUUGUGCCGGAGAAAUCAGACAUCUGCCUCAAAGAAGUCAGUUAUUGGAAAAUGAUCUGUAUGGUCUUAGUAUAAGCGCAUCGCAUUCUCCUGUCUCUGCUUUAAGAUAUAUGUCUUCAGUGUUUGAAUGCUCUUGGAGUAUUGAUUGUUGUGUGACUAUGGCAGUGUUUGUAAUGCACCUGGAAUAUUGUUAAACUGUCAGAAUAUUUUUGAAUAAAAAAAUAAAAUAAUUUUAUCAUUUUUUUUUUACCAGUA